UGUUUCCCCGCGCGCCGGGCCGCGCGUCGCUCCGAGGGAGCCCAGCCAGCUCGGGCCCGGCUGCGCUGGGCAGCCCGGAGGGAGCGCGCCAUGGACCCCAAGGCGGGUGGCGGCGAGGAGGAGGACUGCGUGGACUCUGGCGCCGAGACCGGAGGGUCCGACUACAGCCACAUGUCCUCCACCAGCAGUGAGCUGUCCGUGGAGGACGCGCAGGACCCGUUCCUGGUGAGCAUCCACAUAAUCGCAGACCCAGGGGAAUCCCGGCCCCUGCAGGAGGCCAUCGACAAGGUCUUGGCUUGGAUCCACCCGGACCUCCAGCUGUUCAGGGUCUCUGAAAGGCGGGCGUCCCGGCGACGGAGGAAGGCCCCCAAGGCGGCGCAGCCGGCGCUGGCGGUGGUGCUCUUCCUGCAGGAGGAGUACGGCGAGGAGCAGAUCCUGCAGCUGCACCGCACGCUGCAGCGGCCGCCCUGGCGCCACCACCACACGGAGCGCGUGCCCGGCAGGUUCCUGCCCUACCUGCCCUGCAGCCAGGACUUCUUCACGCUGGCCCCUGGGACGCCGCUGUGGGCCAUCCGGCCCGUGCACUAUGGCAGGGAAAUCGUGCGCUUCACCAUCUACUGUCGCCAUGACAACUACGCUGACAUCCUCAAGUUCUACGAGCUGAUCCUCAGGCGGAGCCCCAGCCAGAGGAAGACGGACUUCUGCAUCUUCCCUAUUUUCUCCAAUCUGGAUGUGGACAUCCAGUUCUCCCUGAAAAGACUGCCCUGUGACCAGACCCCGGUCCCCACCGACUCCUCGGUACUGGAGUUCCGAGUCAAGGACAUUGGCGAGCUGGUGCCGCUCUUGCCCAAUCCCUGCAGCCCCAUCAGUGAGGGGCGCUGGCAGACGGAGGACCACGACGGGAACAAGAUCCUUCUGCAGGCACAGAGGGUACACAGGAAGGGUCCUAAACCCCGCAGAGCUCACCCCGCCUCGGAGCAGAAAGCUGGUUCCACGCCUUCCCCCAGCGCCCCCGCGUCGAGCCGGACACCGGGCAGCGGCCCGCAGCCUGCGCUGGACAGCUCGCACCCGGGGCUGGGCCGGGCGGGCCUGGCUGCCGGGUGCCCGCAGCAAUUUGCCAGCCGAGCCAGCGGCCCUCCCAGCCUUCCGUGGUCCUUCCAGAGAAGCAAGUCCCUGUUUUGCCUGCCCACAGGCGACCCCUCCCCGGCCUCCUCCGCUGAACCACAGUGGUUUGCAAACGCAGGCGGCCCAGGGCCGAGGGCGUCGGAGCGCCGGCCCGGCCACCCCGUCUCCAUCGACGACUUGGAGGGGGCCCAGGAGACCGACGUGGACACGGGGCUGCGGCUCUCCUCCUCCGACCUGUCGGUGAUCUCGGCCUACUCCGCCCCCAGUCGCUUCUGCAGCCCCGAGGAAGCCCCGCCGCCCUCAGGAAGGUGCAGCAGCCACUGGUCAGAGCGCAGGGACUCCCGAGAAGGACCCCUGCCCGCGGGGGGCGCUGGGACCGCGGAGGCCUCCUGGGCAGCGCCCCUUUUCUUCACCCAAGGGUCCUCCAGCUCCUCAGCGACAGCUGUCGCCACUCCCCCAGCUUCUGACGCCUCCUCGCACACGGAGUCCCCCCCAGAGCACCCUUACCAUGUGCCCGACGCCCAGCAGACCCGCAGAGACGCCCCGGCGCCGGCAGGCCCAGCGCACAGCGACGCGGAGGAGUUCUACAUCUGAACGCCCUCCGCCUUGGCUCCCCGCCGCCCCCGGAGUCGGCUCCCACCCGCGACCUGCGCUCCGCUUCCCCAGGUCCGUCUGGAAUCCGGUCCCCUGUCUCACCGAGGUGUUAGUACACUGGCCACACCGCCCGCUAGUACCUGACGGGUGGUCUCUGUCUAGGGACUCUGGAAAAGUAUGCAAAUCAAUUCUCAACAAACUUAAGUCAUAAAAUAUUUUUGAAUACUCCA